UCAUGGUCAACUUGCAGUUCCUGAUGAUAAUUAUUUUGAAAAUAUUAAAAGGCUUCGGGAGCUGUUAACUGGAUGUCUUGAGUCAUCUGGAAAGCGGUAUGGUAGGGACGAGGCUGAAGUGAACAAGGAGAUCAAGCAAAUGAAUGAAGAUCUGGACCACAUAAUGAAUGAGAUUCUAGGAGAGGAAGCAAUAAUAAAGUAUUGUGGUGAUGAUUUAAAACAAAUUAUCAUUAAGGAUAGUUGUGAUACACUGAAGAAGGCCUUUCAAAAAAUCAUUUACAUCAAUCCAGUGUCUUUUAUCACUAAUGACUGUCAACUGAAAGUCGACAAAAUUUUUGUGGAUAUUGAAAUCAGAAAAGGGAGACGCAGAGGUGAAGGUAAACAUAUAGACUUUUGCGACAUUCUCAUAUCAGUCCAGAAUACAUCUGUGUCGUCAUCUGUGAGUUCUGCAACACAACGACAGGAUUCCUCAGCACGACCUCAAAUGCUCCUACUUGAAGGUUUGGCAGGGAGCGGUAAGACCACUUUAGUGACUAUGAUAAUCCAGGAAUGGAUUCAGGGUAGUGGUGGGAAUAUCACAGACUUGGAUAAUUUUGAUCUUCUGCUCUGGGUACAGUGCAGGAACCCUACAAUAAAUUCCUACCAGGAACUCCUAGACCGCCUAAUGCCAGACGUAUCAACAAAAUUCGGAAACUUCCUGCCUAAAAUAGUAAAACUUUGUAAAGUCCUAAUAAUUGUUGACGGUCUGGAUGAACUCAACAAUCAUUCUAGAGCAUUAAUCAAAAGCCUUUUAUACGAAUUCAAGACUUCUACAUCUACAACUUUUAUUUGUACCUCAAGACCUGAAACAGUCGAAAUUUUCAGUAUCACGAUCCCUGAAGAAUUUGUGGUGGUAAAUGCUGAAUUACGAGGCAUAUCUAAGGAACAUAUAAAAGAAUUUGUGCGUCGAACUCACCAGGAAGUAACUAAGCACACGAAGAGCAACAGAAACACUGAGGAACUGAUAAAUAAGGUAAAAAUGUUUAAAGAUCAUCAUGAACACUUACGACUGCCAAUGAAUUUAAUAUUUUUUGUUUAUAUUUGGGACCAGGCAUGUGAUAAGUUAAGCACAGUGGCACUCACACAAACAGAGCUCUACCAUGAAAUACAUCGUCUGUGUCAGAAGAAGUUAUUAGAGAGGCUACUAAAAUAUCCCAAGAUCAAAGAUAUAAAUGAAAGUAGCCUAGAUCACAAGGUUCAUGAAGUUAUGAGAAGGAUAUAUAUAAUAUCGCUUAAGAACCUUUCACGUGAACAGCUCGCCUUCCAAGAAGCAACAAUAGAACAACUGAUUUCUCUUUGUAGCAAUCAUGAUUUACCUUACGAUGAGGUGUUGUCUGCGUUCUUGAGCUUGAAGCCAAUUUGGACAUGGCGAGGCGUCGAGGAACGAUACUCUGCACCCCAUAAAGGAAUUCAAGACUACUGGAGUGCUCUGCAUAUUGUUAUGUCACUUAAGGACCAGCUACAGGCUUCAGCACUCCCAGUAUCAUCUUCGCCCACUCCCGCACAACUUACACGAGUAUUACCUUCUACAGUUCAGCCUGCCAUGGCACCACUUAUACCAGUAUCACCUGUCAGCAUCAGAGAAAUCUUAGAACGGAGCGUCGGAGCAGCCAUCGAAGACAUGACCAAGUAUCAGAAUGUUUUGGUUCACGUGGCCGGGCUACUUCACCUGUUACUUGAUGAGGUACCUGAGACCAUCACACAGGAGGCUGUACAACUCGCACAUGAGGCUAAAGAAAGGAACAGGCUGGAGGGAUUGUCUAGAAGGAUUAACAUUACCCACUGGUACAACCUUCUCGAGAACACUAAAUACAAUAAUGACAUAGCCAGGGUAAUAGCCGGCUUCAUUAAUUCCGGAAGACCUUUUACCGUAAAUGAGAAUUAUGUUGAGAGCUGCAUGGCUCUUCUACCACACCUCAGACCAUCCGAGGUGGGCAUUUUUUUCACGAGUGACGGCACUGGACUGAUUGAGCUAUUGGAUGUCCUAGCUCGCUACAACCAUCGCUGCACUCACCUAGACUUGAAACACCACUACCUCCAUGACGUCACAACUACCACUUCCGAUGAUAUACUACAGCAUGUACAACCUCGGUGA